AUGUCUGCUACAAUGCUUUUGCCUGGACACGAAUAUACGUCCACUGAAAUCAAAAUUAAAUUGAACAAUUUUACAAACAAAUACAGACAAGAAAAGCAGGAAAUUGGCCCAUCGGGUGGCUGCCCUAGUCGGUGGAUAUAUUAUGCGGCGGUCCACCAUGCGCUAGGCGGUUUUAAAAGUUUUUGUUCCGCCGAACUUCUAUUUUCAGUUGACAUUGAUCCAAUUUUUGUUGAGGCCGAUGUAGAAGGACAGUCGCCGCUCCCAAGCCCAGGCGAUGGACCUUCUACGUCGCAUGGUUGCGCUCGGCCAUCAUCAAGCGAUUCUGCCAAAACGAAAAAAGCAAAAACAAUAAUGGAGGAAAUUAAAGAUGACUUAUUAAAGGCGACUGAGGCGAUGAAGGAAGCCGAUGAAAAGCGCCUUUCUCUCCUACAAGAAUACAUUAGCGAUUCAUAA